UCUAAGGUUUUGAAAGGGAAACAAAAAUACCGGCAGUAGUACUCAUCGGAGCUAUACGUACUAGGCUUUCAUAAAUUCAGGGGGGUGCGUUCCACCCGAACCUCUCCACUUUGUUUGUCACGCCGGAUUGUGGUACAUUUUAUUUCCGUUUUUAUUUACUAAAAUGAAAUCUAUUUGUAAGAUGCACAGAGAGGGAAGAGUGACGAAAGUAGUACAAAACUGCUCGUGCUAGUACCAUUCAGAAUUCAGCGAUAAAAACUUUCUGAUAAUAAAUUACAUUAUACACCACGUUAACGUGAAAGAAUAACGCGUCGAACUUCAUUUCCCGAAAUCCAACUCACCGGAAACGUCAUCAUUAGUGGACCGCUUAAAAAUUAACUGACAGCUGAAGUUCCGAUCGCUCGUGCAUGCAGUAUUUCAUUUGGCUUAAAAAACUGAUAUUGAAAAUGAAAUUUAAAAUGAGUGCUUGUGUCUUUCAGGGGACCUUUCUGUUGACAGUUUAGGGUGACAAUUUAUGGAAGCUGGGUUUGCGCGGUACAGUGUGUUCUGACUCGUCGUACGCCAGCCAACCGCAGCAUUUUAGAGAAUCAUGCUAGAAUAAAUAAUAUCUCAACAGUAUAUUUCUACCUCGGGUAGCUUUUCAGUUAAAAUCCAAAGUCUGUAAAAUUUUCUGUAACGUGUUAAAACGACUGAACGCGUCUGAGAAUUGUUUAUUUAACUUAAGUCUUAAAUUAAAAAAUGUUUAUGCCGAGGUCACUAAAAGUAAAAAGACCCUCCUCAGACUGCCCUGGUCACAUCGUUAAGAGAUGCAAGGCGACCCCGGAGCAGGUGAGCGUCGACUCCGCGCUGGACCGGUGCUCUGAGAAACCUGAGGAGGUUGGUGGUUUGAGUCCCAAAGAGGAGGUCCUGGAGCCCUGCUGCACAGCGCAGUCAUGCUCACAAAGCGUGUCGCAGUCAGGAGCAGAGGAUCUGGCACCCUCUGACGAGGAAGAAGAGCCGGUGAAGUCCUUCAAGAAGAACCAGCGAUGGCCGGAGCCAGGCGAGCCUGUCUGCGUCAUGUGUGGCCGGUACGGCGAGUACAUCUGCGACCAGACGGAUAAUGACGUGUGCAGCCUGGAGUGUAAGGGCCGCCAUCUCGCCCAAAUGGGUGUGGGGCUGCAGAGUGGAGCUGACAUCCUCCGUGAAGCCGAGGCAGAAGAGUCCGCCGUGCCCUUUGCUACGGACGGUAUUUGCUCGGUUGGUACUCCAGAACGGGGCUAUACCUACGAGGAGGACGCCUUCAUUUCCAGUCUGACAGAGGAGCAGGUGCAAAGGGUCCGGCGAGAGCUGGGCAUUGUAAUAGAGGGUCAGGGAGUGGCCAGGCCGAUCAUGGAGUUUGAGCAGUGCCACUUCCCAGCACAGUUCAGUACGAACCUGAAGAAGGCUGGCUACGAGGCUCCCACCCCUAUUCAGAUGCAGAUGAUCCCUGUGGGACUCUCUGGGCGUGAUGUGGUCGCCAGUGCAGACACAGGCUCUGGGAAGACGGUAGCCUUCCUGCUUCCUGUAGUGAUGCACAUGCUAGAGAGACCACUGGGUACUCAGCAGGGUCCGCUGGGGCUCAUCUUGACUCCGACAAGGGAGCUAGCAAUCCAGAUUGAGAGGCAGGUGAAGGAGCUGGUGAUGGGGCUGCCCAACAUGAGAACAGCACUUCUGGUGGGGGGAAUGCCCCUCCCCCCUCAGCUCCACCGGCUGAAACAGAGCAUCAAGAUGAUAAUAGCAACUCCAGGACGGCUAUUGGAGAUCCUGAAGCAGGGAGCUGUGCAACUGGACAGAGUAAAGGUCAUUGUGAUAGAUGAGGCAGACACCAUGCUGAAGAUGGGCUUCCAGCAGCAGGUCCUGGACAUUCUGGAGCAGGUCCCUGAAGACCACCAGACUAUGCUGACAUCUGCUACCAUCCCCCAAGGGACUGAGCAGCUGGCAACCAGGCUGACCCAGGACCCUGUGCGAAUCACCAUUGGGGAGAAGAACCAGCCCUGCUCUGACGUCCGCCAGAUUGUGCUUUGGGUUGAGGAGCCUUCAAAGAAGAAGAAACUUUUUGAAAUUUUAAAUGACGCCAAGCUGUACUGUCCACCUGUGCUGGUGUUUGUGGACUGCAAGCUGGGAGCAGACCUGCUCUGCGAGGCGGUGCAAAAAGUCAUGGCUUUGAACACCGUGGCCAUCCAUUCCGAUAAGCCACAGUGUGAACGCAACAGGAUACUGAAGGGUUUGCUUGAAGGGGAGUUUGAAGUGGUGGUCAGCACAGGGGUACUGGGAAGAGGCCUCGACUUAAUCAAUGUCAAACUGGUUGUGAACUUUGACAUGCCUGCAAACAUGGAUGAAUAUGUUCACCAGAUCGGAAGAGCCGGGAGGCUGGGUCACAGAGGCACCGCCAUAACCUUCAUAAACAACAACAACAAGCGCCUCUUUCUGGAGGUUGUAUCCAGAGUGAAGCCCACUGGCUCCCUGCUCCCACCACAGCUGCUGAACUCGCCACACCUCCAUGAACAGGAGAGGAGGGCCAGACAGAGGAGCAAGCAAGGGGAGGACACCACGGUCACCAAGAACAACCUCAUAGACAUCAUCAGGAGACACGACAGGAGGAGGGCAAGGAAGUAGUUACAUCUCUCAGGAAUUGUGUUUGUCUUUAUAGAUAAGUGU